CGCGGAAGUGACGCUGUGACCUAUGUCAAAAAGAACAUAUCGAUGGUGGUAAAUGGCUGCCAACUCAUCGUGUCGUGAUGUUAAAAUAUCUUCGUGCUGUCUGUGUGUUGAGAAAUUACAAAUCUGACGAAUAAGCUCAUCACGUUACCAUUGAGGGUGAAAUUAGUCGACGCCAAUAAUCAUGGCGGCGAAGACUUUGCUCCUCGUUGCUUUCUUAUCACUACUAAUAAACGUUAGAGCCAUUAGGUGGUAUUUGGAACCAAACUCCGAAAAGUGUUUGAAAGAAGAGGUUCAAGCAAACGUACUUGUCUCCGGCGAAUACGAUGUCUCAGUGGCUCAUGGGCAGUCCGUUAAUUAUGUUGUACGAGAUUCGAAGGGUCACAUUCUGUCAAAGAACGAGGAUCUCUCCCACGGAAAGUUUUCUUUCGUUACCGAAAAUCAUGAUACUUUCCAAAUAUGCUUCACAUCUAUCGUUCCGCCCCAUAUGCGAGGAACAAAGCAGGAGAUCUCGUUAAAUCUUAAACGUGGAAUCGAAGCCAAAAGCUAUGAAGGAAUUGGUGAAGCUGCCCAGCUGAAGCCAAUGGAGGUAGAGUUGAAACGUCUCGAGGAUUUGUCCGAAGCUAUAGUUCAGGACUUUUCAAGAAUGCGCAAGAGCGAAGAAGAGAUGAGAGAUACAAACGAAUCAACCAAUAGCAGAGUUCUGUAUUUCAGCAUAUUUUCAAUGUGUUGUCUUUUAGGCCUGGCCACAUGGCAGGUGUUAUACUUGAGGAGAUUUUUCAAGGCCAAAAAACUCAUCGAAUAAGCAGAAUCAUCCAGAUAUUUAUAAAUACUGUAGGGACGCACCGUUGGAGAUCUCAAAUGAUUGAAAAAAGUGUCUCGUGAUCCUAUAUAUUUAUCAGAGAAAUGUUGGAAGGUGAAAACGGAGAUGAUUAAUGAUUGAAAAAGAAAUCAUCGACACUGCAAAGGAGUCUGAUAUCACGCUGACUGUAUUCCCCCACUUCUUUCGCUAUAAUAUUUUAAGUGUAAUGAAAACGUGUCUGUUGCCCACAAAGAAGAGAAGAAGACCGCGUUAAAGUAGCACUUAACCAUCCUUCAUUAUACUGACUAACAAAACUUUUUGUAUCUCAAAAGGAACCUGGAAGGGUAAUUAAAUGAUAAAGGUUUGAUGAAUAA